CUUUAUAUGGUAUCCAGAGCCAUACUCCAACGAGCCUAAACACAUAUUAAUUUUUUUUCUUUCUGUCUCCAUGGCUAUUACCGCCGAUACCCAGAUCAUCACGAUCACCGCUGCAUCCCACUUUCCCAUCAAACUCACUAGCUCGAAUUUCCCGGUGUGGAAAUGUCAAGUUCACGCGGCCCUUAUCGGGCUUGGUCUCGAUGGCUAUUGCGAUGGUACCAUUCCGGUCCCUGACCAAUUCAGCGAUGCUGCCAAAACAAGUGUUAAUCCCUGCUACAUGAUAUGGUAUCGCCAAGAUAAAACCAUACUCAGUGCCUUGCUCGGAAGCUGCUCCGACACCAUCCAGCCCCUCAUUUCCUCGGUUUCAACGGCAAAACAGGCCUGGGAUAAACUAGCGCUUACCUUUGCUAGUACGUCCCGAGGUCGUAUUAUUUCUCUCAAAACCACACUUGCUCGAACCACCAAAGGCAACCGCUCUAUUGUUGACUAUCUCACCGAGAUGCAGGCCAUCUCUGAUGCGUUGGCUCUCGCCCAGUGUCCCUUAUCUGAAGAAGAUCUUGUCAUCAGUAUCUUGAAUGGUCUUGGUGCGGACUACAAUGAGUUAACCUCUGCCAUACGUGUUCGUCCCACUGCACUUCCUUUGGCAGAACUUCAGUCCAUCCUUCUUGAGCAUGAGCAGCGUCUUCAUGAUGCCACUACUUCUGCUGCAUCACUUAUUCCUACGGCGCAUAUCACCCAGGUAAAUGAUCGUGCUCCUGUUGCUGACCGCCGUCCUGUGCAUGAUCGCCGUGGCCAGCCACCCCGGCAUGGAAGAGGAGACCAGCCUCAUCACAAUUCAUUUAGGCAGCAUGCUUCUCCAGUCUGCCGUUUUUGUCAAAACCCAGGUCAUCAUGUUCAGCAAUGCAGAAAAUUGCAAAGGUUUCUCCGUGAUAACCGUAUUGUUAUUCCUUCUGGUAGUCCGACUAUUAAUCACACCUCGGCUGCUUCUUCCUCUACUACUCCAUCUUGGAUGUUUGAUAGUGGUGCAUCUCACCAUGUGACCAAUGAUGCUGCACUUCUACCCUCUUUUACUGAGUAUGAUGGUCCCGAUGAGGUCCGCCUUGGUGAUGGAUCGGGUCACGGGGGCGCCACUUCUACGCGGGGCGAAUCAUCAUGAUGUCUAUUAUGCACCAGUUCGUUCAGUUCCUCAAGUUAAUAAUCUCCACCGUGACAUUCAACCGCGGUGGCAUCACGUCUUUGGUCAUCCCUCGAGUCGAAUUUUUAGUCUGCUUAUGCGUCAAAAUAAAAAUCAUACUCAGUGUAAUUUGUCUAGUCCAUUUCAUUGUAUGUCCUGUUCAAUCAAUAAAAGUACAAAAUUACCUUUCUC